UUGUUCCCCUUCCCUUCCCACUCCCAAUCAUCACACAAUUCCAAAUGCUUUAAUUUUGUAGAACCUUCUUCAUCCUCACUCUUCUCUUUUCAUCCAUGGAUCAAUUUCUUAUUUUUCUUCUUUUUGUCACAUCUCUCUUCACUUCCCCUUUCGUGCUCAUUGCUCAAACUCCAACUCCAAUUAUCUCUCACAUCAGCGUAGUAGGAGCUGUUUAUUGUGAUACCUGCUCCACCAGCACUUUUUCUAAACACAGCUACUUCUUGCAAGGUGUUGAAGUUCACAUACAGUGCAGAUUUAGAGCAACCUCACCAAAAACCAGCGAGCAGAUAAGCUUCUCAGUGAACAGAACCACAGACCAAAAUGGAGUGUACAAGUUGGAGAUACCAUCAGUGGAUGGAGUUAACUGCAUGGAUGGUUCAGCAAUUGUGUCUCUCUGCCAAGCAUCUCUGAUAAGUAGCUCCACUCCCACUUGCAAUGUUCCUUUUCUCAAGAGCACAACACGCGAGAUAUCAGUCAAAUCGAAACAAGACAACAUGUGUGUGUACACCUUGAGUGGUCUCAGUUUCAAGCCACCUCAAAAGAACACUACCUUGUGUGGACAUCAUCAGAAUGAGCAACUGUCUUCAGCAAAGUUCUUCUUCCCUUGGCCGCCGCAGCUACCACCGUUCCCUCCCCUUCCACCUUUUCCAUCCUUUCCUUUUCCUCCAUUGCCAUUCCCAACCUCACCACCAAUCCCUUCUCUGCCUUUCCCUUUCCCACAAUAUCGUCCAACCCCAUCUGCAUUUUCUCCACCUGCAUUUAACUUAGGAGAUCCUUCUACUUGGAUCCCUCACAUUCCUCCCUCACCUUCUCCUAAUAUACCACAACACCAAACUCCCUAAACUCCCAAGAACUCCCUACUCUUUUAUUUAUUUAUUUAUUUUUUAUCAGCAAUGGUGAUUAUGAGAUGAAUCCACAACCUCUUUAGUCUGCUCUUUCAAACCCUUAGAACCAACUUUAUAUCUUCUUUAUUUAUUCCUGUCAUAAUUACAUUUGUAUGGAAGCAUGUGAUUCCUGUCAUAAACAACAUGAUAUAGAAACUACAGUGCAAUUCAGUAAUUUUCCGAAACUUUAUUGGGUGGUAGCACAACCCGGUCUGUGAUGUCUUGUUCAGCUCACGUGUAUGCUGUGCUGUGCUAUUGAGUCAAAAAGUAAAGCAGGUCACAAGAGAAUAAUAUGUGGAUGGAUGAUCACAGAAAAGGGAUCAUAGGAUUUUACUUCAAUCAAGACAUGUUGGUUCCUAGUGUAGUAACUUGAUGUGCUGCUUUGUUUGAUUAAUUUAUGUAAAGAUAUAAUGUCAUGGUUAAUUCUUGUAAAUUUUCGAUUCAAUAACAGAAAAAACAAAAAUGGAAGUGUUUGUGUUUU